AUGGUGCAUUUUUCUUUCUUUCAUCUACUGGCCUUUUUUACACUGGCUUCUGGAAAGCCGAUUUUGAUUCCGAGGCUGGCCCAGGACGUGUCGCAGGGCGGUACCCAAGGUCUCUUUAGUGUCUCACUAGAGUCUCUAGGAAGCACUUCUGUCAAAGCUCAGGUCACAAAUGUAGGCACAAAUGCCGUUCGACUCGUUCAAAGAGGGGGUAUCUUGGACCAACUCCCCACAAGAAAGGUGUCUCUCAAAGGAACGGGUUCUGACCCAACAUUCGCUGGAGUUCAAGUGAAGUACGUUCUUUCGCACUUGUCUCCCGAAGCGUUUGUUCGGCUGUCUCCCAAUCAGACUGUUGAGUCUAUCUUUGAUAUCACCGAUAUUUACCCUGACCUUUCCCCAAACCAAGAGUACACUGCCGCUGCAGAGGGCACUCUAGAAUAUACAACACUAGACAACCCGAGGAAAUUCUCCCAUGCUCACUACACAUCCAACUCAAUAUCUGUCCAGACGCCCAAAGAGCUUGCUAAGCGCCUCGAGAUCCGCUCCACUCUCGAAUGCACUGGCGAAUACAAUCAACUGGUGCAGAAUGCUCUCAAACGCGCUGCAAGUAUGGCCACAGCUGCUUCAGCGGAUGCACGAAGCGGGAGCGCGAACUUUGAGAAAUUCUUCAAAUCCACCAACCAGGAUGACAGAGAUGAGGUCGCGGACAGACUGGAGGCUAUUGCAAGGGAGGCAACUACAACCGGGGAACUCACAUACUACUGCGAACCUACGGCCCUUGACUACUGUGGGGGCAAUAUCGCCGCCAUGACAUACCCAACUGAAAACAAGGUGGUGAAUUGCCCUGGAUACUAUGAAACUCCAGCGGAAAACAACUAUUGCAACUACCUGGAUCAAGCUGCGAUUUCCCUUCAUGAGUUCGCCCAUGCGACUGCCGUGUACAGCCCCGGAACCGAGGAUAUAACAUACGGCUAUGAAAGCGUGCUGCAGCUCAGCACUAGCCUCGCGAAGAAUAACGCAGACUCAUUUGCGUACUAUGCUUCUGGUAGGACCGAAUAA